AUGAGCUUAAAACAGACGAGCAAGUAUGGGUCUCAAAAAUCUUUUAGGAACCAUAACUACACAUCCAGAAAUGACCUAAACUACGAUAAUAUCACCGACAGGUUCAUUUCAACGCUAGAAGAUAAUGGAAAUCAAGGGUACUAUCGAAGCUUUAUAACCAAAUCUUCGGGAUUCCACAAUAAGCAAAAUGAGAUAAGAAGUCCAAUAACUGGCGAAAACGGGUUCUUCGAGAACCCAUUUCUGAUUCGUGAUGAUAACUUUCUUCUAAGAUCCAAUCAAGAGUCGUCCACAAGGCAAACUGGUAACUUAACAGAAGACGAAAUCGCAAGACGAUUUGACGAUCUCUCUGUCAACGACAGAUCAGAGUCAGAGCCAUUUCAGAGAGAAGACGCUAGUAUCCAUAAAGUAAGUGUUGCGAAAGCUUUGGGGUUUCGUAUAAAGUCGCGGAUCCUGAAUUUUAGACCGUCCAGAGUGUCUAAUUUGAGAAAGAAAGCCAUUGGAGACAUGACUGAGAAUAAACAGCCAUCUCAAUCGGACAUCGGCGGUAGCACGAUUGCAAGUCCUCCCAGCUUGAGCAAUACAUCAAAAGAGAAAAUCAAAACGGAGGUCAAAUUCAAGGUUUUGGAUGCUCCAGGACUGAGGAACGAUUUCUAUGCCAAUGUAGUUUCUUGGGGCAGGAAAAGUGAUCGCAUCGCUGUAGGCUUGGGAACUGUGGUUUACACCUGGAGCAACAAAACCGGAACAACACCACUGCAGACAAUAGAAGAGGUUAUUUCAUGCGUUUCAUAUAGUUACAAUGAUAUCCUGGCUGUUGGUACCAAAACGGGCCGAAUUAUCAUAUAUUCCGAAAACUCAAGAACCAUCAACACAACUUCAAUUCUUAGGCCCAGCACUGGGAUUUGCUGUAUUUGUUGGAUCAAGGACGCCAAUUCAUUUUUUGCAGGGGAUGAUCUGGGAGAAGUCACACUGUACGAGUUGAUUGAGGUAGAAAAUGGGCAGAAUUCACCUCAAUAUCGACUCACUAUUGGGUGCUCUUUCAAAUGCAAUGAACAGCAAAUCUGUGGUAUCGACAUAAGUCCGGACAGGCGCCAAGUAACGGUUGGUGGAAAUGACAAUUGCUGUACCAUCUGGGACAUCAGCGAUUUGCACAAACCAAUCUUGAAAUCCUGUCUCCCUCAUCAAGCUGCUGUCAAGGCUAUCGCAUAUUGUCCAUGGAUGCCACAUUUACUAGCAACUGGAGGAGGAUCCAAAGAUCGGAACAUUAGAUUCUGGCACACAAACACAGGCACUUUACUCGACAAAAUCCAGACGAAGGGACAAGUUACGUCUUUGAUUUGGUCGAAAUCGAGGAAGGAGAUACUUGCAACCUUUGGAUUUGGUGAUAACACAGAAAAACCGGUUUUAAUAUCUGUUUAUUCGUAUCCAUCAAUGAAGUUGCAAGUCAAAUUGGCAUCGACAUCAAACAUUAGGGUAUUGAGCGCGGUCUCUUCCCAUGACUCGAAGUCAAUUUGCACCGCGAUCAGCGACCAAUCUGUCCGGAUAUAUUCCAUCUGGAACUCAAAAUAUGAUUUGACCAAUGGUGAAUACGAUAGCGGACUUUUUGGCAGCGAGCUCAUCGAGUUGGAGGAAGGAGUUGAUAGCAGUUUUGAGAUUAUAAGAUGA